AUGAAAUUCAUGGCUCUCGCUCUCACCCUCCUGCUGGCAGUGGGCUGCCAUGCUGCCUCCAUGCAGAGUGAUACAGACUCCCAGAUGGAUGACAGCGGACCUGCUUUGAUCGUCUUCCUGGAGAAGGUGAAGAACAUUGUGGAGAACGCCCUGGCCAACCUCAGUGACACCGACCAUGAGAAAUUCAAGGAUCAGCUAUCUAAUGACCUGGAUAUGAUACUCAACCUAAUUAAGAACCUUACAGCUGAGCCUUACAUUUACGCACUUUCUGACCUGAUCAAAGAAGCCACUGCUGCUGUCCAUGAGUUCAUCCAUACUGAAAUACAUAGCCUGCGCACUGACCUAGAGAACCGGCGUAUUAGCCUGAGGACUGUCCUGAGGAAACAUGUCAAUAGGAUCCUCAUCAAGGUGGAUCCAAUCAUCACCGACUAUGCUAGGAAGCACAGGGCUGGCAUUGACGCUCUGACGGCCAAGCUGGAGCCCCUGGUCAUGGAGAUGAUCACAAUGCUGCUCAUCGCUCAGGAUAACAUGAAACCCAUAGGGGAGACUGUGGACAAGUUGGACUGGUCCCUGCAGGACCUGAGGACAAUGGUUGAAACCUAUGUGGCUGUUCAGCUGAGAGAGGCCAUCACCGUGGUAGAACAAGUAUAUAACGAAAUAUCAAAUAACCUGCAGGGAAUCUUUUCUUAG